AUGGUGGCCCUGGUGAGCUGGCUUGAGGAUGUGAUAACAGUCAAAGACAUGGAUGCCAUUUUGAAGACGAUGACAGAGAACAAGUCCUAUAAAGAGGUCGUAUUUUACGUUGAAGCCUGUUACUCUGGUAGUGUUUUCGAGAACAUUGUACCCAAAUACGAUAACGUUUUGGCCAUUACCGCCGCCAAUGAUGACGAAUCAUCCUAUGCCACGUACUGUGACAGAGAGUUGGACACUUGUCUUGGCGACUGGUUCUCGAUAUCGUGGAUGGAGUACUCCGACAAACACGAUCUACGCAAGACCACGAUAGAAGAAGAGUACAAAAUGGUUCAGGAAAGAACAUAUAGAAGUCAUGUUUCCGAGUAUGGCGAUGAUAAAAUUUUGGAUCAAGAAGUCAGUCAAAUACAAGGAGAUGAAGAGCCCGAAGACAGAAGAGUAUAUGGAAAGGUAACUUUAGUUAACACAAGGCAUACCCUACCAUUUUAA